CAGCGCUAUGACGUGAGCGACGAUGGCGGCGAUGGCGGUGCUGGUGGCGCUGUGCGCGCUGCUGCUGCUGCACCCCACCCUCGCCGACGACAUCCUGGUCAAGACGUUCUCGGACCAGGGGACGGAGCGCUUCAACCACCUGGUGGUGGACAAGAACACGGGCCGGGUCUUCAUCGGCGCGGUCAACAAGCUGUACCAGCUGUCGCCGGACCUGGACCUGGUGAUCGCGGAGACGACGGGGCCGAAGGAUGACCACCCGGACUGCUCCGUGCUGCUGGACUGCCCGGCGACGAUCGUGGUCAAGGCAACGGACAACGUGAACAAGGCCCUGGUGAUCGACUACACGACAACGAGGCUCAUCUCGUGCGGCUCGGUGUACCAGGGCAUCUGCCACGUCCGCAACCUCCACAACAUCUCGGACGUGUCGCAGGUGGUGAAGGAGGCCGUGGUGGCCAACAACGCCACGGCCUCCACGGUGGCCUUCAUCGCCCCGGGCCCGCCCAACCCGCCCGUGUCGCAGGUCAUGUACGUGGGCGUGACGUUCACGGGCAACUCGCCGUACCGCUCCGAGCUGCCCGCCGUGAGCUCGCGGUCGCUGGACUCGGGGAACAUGUUCGCCAUCGCGGAGACGGCCGUGACCACCGGCACGCGCCAGUUCCUCAACUCGCUGGCCAGGGAGCGCUACCCGAUCCACUACGUGUACGGCUUCGCCAGCGAGGGCUUCUCGUACUUCAUGACGGUGCAGAUGAAGACCACCUCCACGUCGCCCUUCAUCUCCAAGCUGGUGCGCGUGUGCCACGACGACGAGAACUACUACUCGUACACGGAGAUCCCCAUCGAGUGCGAGCAGUCGGCCGGCGGCGGCGCGCCCUCGCGCAAGUACAACCUGGUGCAGGCGGCGUACGUCGGCAAGCCCGGCAGCGACCUUGCCUCGGACCUCGGCAUCACCGCGCAGGACGACGUGCUCUUCGCCGUGUUCUCCGAGAGCGACAACAGCGAGGGCGACGUGUCCAUCAAGCCCUCGGCGCGCUCGGCGCUCUGCGUGUACUCCCUCAAGUCCAUCCGCCGCAAGUUCAUGCAGAACAUCAAGAGCUGCUUCUCGGGCAACGGCAGUCGCGGACUCGACUUCAUCUCGCCCAGCCACCCCUGCGUGCUCACGAAACUGCAAACGAUCGGCGAGGACUUCUGCGGUCUGGACGUGAACACGCCGCUGGGCGGGGAGUUCCCCGUCAACGCGCAGCCCGUCCUCACCUUCGGCACGCACCUCACCGCCGUGUCCGCCACCUCCACCGGGGACUACACCGUCGUCUUCCUGGGCACCGCCACCGGCCGCCUCAAAAAGGUGGUGGUGGAGACGUCCUCGUCGGCGCAGGAGUACGGCGACACCGCCGUGGACUCGGGGUCGCCGGUCAACGCGGACCUGCACUUCGACCCCAAGUUCAUGCACCUCUACGUGAUGACGGAGCGCAAGGUGUCCAAGGUGAAGGUGCAGGACUGCGGGCAGUACAAGACGUGCGGCGACUGCCUCGGGGCCAGGGACCCGUACUGCGGCUGGUGCUCGCUGGAGAACAAGUGCUCGCUGCGCGCCGACUGCCAGGACGCGGCGCAGGACCCGCUGUACUGGAUCUCCUACAAGAGCGGCCGGUGCACCUCCAUCACCAGCGUCACGCCCAACCAGCUGCAGCGCACCACUGCCAGGACGCUGGAGCUCGCCAUCGACCACCUGCCCACGCUGCCGGGUCAGUUCCUGUGCGCCUUCACGGCGCUGGACAAGACCCUCAUCAGCAACGCCACCAGGAAGUCGCCGGGCAUCAACUGCACCACGCCGCGCACCGACCUCCUGCCGUCCAUCCCGCCGGGCCAGCACCACUUCACUGCCAAGCUGUCCGUGCGCAUGACCUCGGGGCCCGACUUCGUCGCCACCAACUUCACCUUCUUCGACUGCAACACGUACAUCUCGUGCACGCAGUGCGUGUCCUCCUCCUUCCCCUGCGACUGGUGCGUGGACGGCCACAGGUGCACCCACGACACUGCCGAGAACUGCCGCAACGACAUCCUGGUCACUGGAGUCAGCCGGAUUGGACCUAGCUACCGCAGUGGCCCUGCCUUCUGCCCCACCCUCAACGCAACCGCUGGGGGCUCCACUGAAAUCCUCGUUCCGUCUGGAAUCAAGAAGAGCAUCAAAGUCAAAGUUCACAUCAUCGGACAGUUUAUCGUUCAGACUCGCUUUGUGUGUCAGUUCAACAUUGAAGGACGAGUGACCAGUGUCAAUGCCCAGUUGCUGGCAGACACCAUCUACUGUGAUCAUAUGGAAUUCUCAUACACGUCUCGUGCCCCCAAUAUAACUGCUACAUUUGCUGUUAUCUGGGGAGGGUCAAAGCCUCUGGACAACCCAGACAAUAUUCAUGUUGUGAUCUACCGAUGCAGGGACAUGGCAGACAAUUGUGGAAUGUGUCAUGCCCUCCAUGAGAAGUAUGGCUGCGGCUGGUGCCAGAGUUUGGACCGGUGUGAAGUCAAGGAGCAGUGUGACCCCGGAACGAAUGGGCCUCGCCCCUGGCUGGACAGCAACCAAACCUGCCCUCAAGUCGAGAUCAAAGAAUUCUUCCCGAUGCUUGGGCCUUGGGAAGGAGGCACGAACAUUACCAUUCGAGGCGUUAACUUGGGCAAGAGCUAUGACGACAUUUACGGAACUAUUAAUGUGGCAGGUUUGCAGUGUCAGCCUUACCAGCAACUCUACAUCAAAACUCAGCAGAUUGUCUGCAAGGUUGAUGGACCUGGUUCCAACGAACCCAGAGAAGGGCCUGUCAUUGUGCGAGUGCAAGGUUUCAGAGGGGAGUCGAAACAUCAAUUUGCAUUUGUUGACCCUGCCAUUGAAGGAAUCUCGCCCAAGUUUGGUCCCAGGUCUGGAGGCACCACACUGAGAAUCAUGGGCAAAUUCAUGAAUGCAGGCAGUCUGAUUGAAGCCUUCAUUGACGAUUUGCCAUGCAGAAUUAUUAAGACUGAUCCAGAAGAGGCUCGAUGCAUUACAAGUGCUUCUGAAAGACAACGCAAUGGGCGACUGAAAAUGCAGUUUGACAAUGGAAAGCGAUACUUUGACAAAGAGCAGUUUGAGUAUGUAGAAGACCCUACAAUUGAAUCAGCUGAAUCUGGCGUGGCUGGGCAGUUGAAACUUCCUAAAGGCAUUCCUGCUGGUGGCAUUAAAAUAUCAGUCUCAGGAAAGAACUUGGCAUACAUAGAGAACCCUCAAAUUUAUGCAUAUUAUGAUGAUAAAAUGUUCAUUGGGCAAUGCUCUGUUCUUUCUAACUCAAACAUGGCAUGUGACUCUCCCACCAUUAUUCUACGAGAAGGAGUUGUCAUUGAUGCUGAGUACCCUCAACGGCUUGAAUUUGGUUUCAAGAUGGAUGAUGUAGCUGGUGUGAGGAAUUUGACUCGUUACAACUUCUCGCACUUCCACUUGUAUCCCAACCCAAUCUAUGAAAAGUUUGAGGAGGAUCCAAAGUAUUACAAAAGUGAUUAUUUGACCAUCAAUGGACAGCACUUGGAUCGUGCUUGUCAAGAAACAGAUGUUGUUGUCAAGAUUGGUAACGAGUCUUGCAAUGUCACAUCUUUGUCAAGGCAACAGUUAACGUGCCGUCCACCCAUGGUCCAGCCACUACCAGUUGAUGAACAUGGCCAUCCCACACAGAGUGCCUACCCUGAAGUUGUUGUCAUUGUUGGUGGAAGACUUCGGUACAACAUCGGAAAGCUCAGCUACUCUCCUAGUGGACUCAAUGGGCCUCCUACCAAGACCGCUAUUAUCAUCAUCUCUGUUGUCAGUGUUUUGUUGAUCGUUCUCUUCUUCUUCUUUGUUGUGGCCUACAAGAGGAAGUCAAGUGAAUCCAACCGUGUACUCAAGAACAUGCAGGAACAAAUGGAUAUCCUAGAGCUGCGUGUUGCUGCAGAAUGUAAAGAAGCGUUUGCGGAGCUUCAAACUGAAAUGACUGACCUUACCGGUGACCUUACACUAGGUGGUAUUCCAUUCUUGGAUUACCGAACCUAUGCCAUGAAAAUUCUGUUCCCCAAUAUGGACGACCAUGCUGUACUUCAAUGGGAGCGACCAGAAUUGCACAGGAAGGAAAAGGGUCUACGUUUGUUUGGACAGCUCAUCAUGAACAAGACAUUCCUUCUGCUGUUCAUCCGAACGCUUGAGAGCAACAGAUACUUCUCAAUGAGAGACAGAGUAAACGUUGCAUCACUGAUAAUGGUAACUCUGCAGAGCAAGAUGGAGUAUUGCACAGACAUUCUGAAGACUCUCCUUGCGGAACUCAUUGAAAAAUGUAUGGAAGGAAAGAGCCACCCUAAACUUCUUCUCCGUCGAACUGAGAGUGUCGCUGAGAAAAUGCUGUCAGCUUGGUUCACAUUCUUGCUUUACAAGUUCCUCCGUGAGUGUGCAGGAGAGCCUCUUUACAUGCUGUUCCGUGCAGUCAAGUACCAGGUGGAUAAGGGUCCAGUUGACGCUGUCUCCUCUGAAGCUCGUUAUUCAUUGAGUGAAGAAAAAUUGAUUCGUCAGUCAAUUGAUUUCAGAGUCAUUACGGUGUAUGUAUCAAUUUCUCAGCAGGCUGUCUUUGUCACUGGGCUAGAUCCAAACACCGAAAACGUAAUAGUGAAGGUUUUGGAUUGUGACACCAUUUCCCAAGUGAAGGACAAAGCUUUAGACACAAUUUACCGAGCCAUACCAUAUUCUCAACGGCCGAGACGUGAGGACCUUGACUUGGAAUGGAGGACAGGAACUUCUGGACGACUUAUCCUUUAUGAUGAGGAUGCAACUACCAGACAGGAGGGAGAGUGGAAGAAGAGGAAUACCCUGAAUCACUAUAGAGUGCCUGAUGGUGCUCAUUUAAGUCUAGUCUCAAAACAAUCAUCCAUCUAUAAUUUGUCUAUUCUAUCAGAGAAGCCAGAUAAGUCUCACAAGUAUGAGACUUUGAAUCUCUCUAAAUUUAGUUCUCAAAGUCCACCUCUUAGUCGUGCGACUUCACCAUUAAAUAAUGACCACGACAGUGGCCUUAAGACAUGGCAUUUAGUCAAGCAUCAUGACACUGAUGCUCAGAAAGAAGGAGAGAGAGGAAACAAGAUGGUGUCAGAAAUUUAUCUUACCAGAUUAUUGGCAACCAAAGGCACCCUUCAAAAGUUUGUGGAUGACUUGUUCGAGACAAUAUUUAGUACCGCCCACCGAGGAUCUGCUCUCCCUCUGGCAAUCAAAUACAUGUUUGAUUUCUUAGAUGACCAAGCCCUACAGCAUGGAAUCUCAGACCCAGAGGUUGUUCACACAUGGAAGAGCAAUAGCUUACCACUCCGGUUUUGGGUGAAUCUAAUUAAGAAUCCUAACUUUGUGUUUGAUAUUUACAAGUCAAACAUUGUGGAUUCAUGUCUAUCAGUUGUCGCUCAGACAUUCAUGGACUCGUGUUCCACUUCAGAUCACAGGCUUGGCAAGGACUCUCCUAGUUCCAAGCUGUUGUAUGCUAAGGACAUUCCUAUCUACAAGGAGUGGGUCGAAAGGUAUUAUGGUGACAUUAAAAUGAUGCCAGCAAUAUCUGACCAGGACAUGAACGCCAUGCUUGCAGAAGAGUCAAGGAUACACACUCAAGAAUUUAACACGAAUUGUGCUCUACAUGAGCUGUACACCUAUGCCAUAAAAUAUAAUGAACAACUCACUGUAACACUGGAAGAGGACGAGUUCUCCCAGAAGCAGAGAUUGGCCUACAAAUUUGAGCAAGUGCACAACAUCAUGGCAGCGGAGUCGAACCCCUGAUGGCGACCUAGCCCCGGGCUGGGGCCGCAGUCUAACACCGCCACGCUGGAACUGCGCUGCUAAGCCUGGGGCGCGAAGCGUCCUCCCCCCUGCAUCUGAGCAUCGACUGUGUCAUUGAAACCAGUGUUAAUCUCAGUGCGUGUCCCCACACCUCUCUGGAGCGGUGGGUGUUUACAGUAUGCUGUUCCACUAUCAAACUGAAAUUCUCAGCAACAGCUUUAAAGUACAAACAUAUUGAUGAAUAGAUGUGGACAGUGUGCUUUCUAUUGUCGUCCAAAUACAUUGACGUGGCAAUGUAUAUUUUGCUCAAUCGUUGUUAAAGUUGCAAUCAGGACACUUUCCAGGAGUGCCUGGACGUGCGUGUGAUGACGUGUGCAGAGCAACAGACAUGGAUGCGAUGCGUUGAGGCGAACUUGCCAUAAUUGUGUUGUGUGAUUCAUCCCAGUAUCACAAACUGUGUAGGAUUGACUCUCUCUAUCAGCUUGAUCUUUUAAUGCAAUAUAUGCGGAACAUUAUCAUUUUUUACUGUCUCUCACUACUUCCCUUUCUAAAUUAAAUGUUAAUGUCUUCCAAGCCUUGCAUCCUUCCUCUUUCCAUUCAUUCAUUCCAUUAAUGAAUAUGUGUGUGUAGCUAGCAAUAAAACUAAGCUGCCGUAAUCAAAAUGAAGAUUUGACUGAAGUAUGCAAUGUGCAUGAACAAACUUGUCUCUCAAUUCUUGGUUGUGUUUCUUUAUCCUUAGGGGUGUGCAAGCUUUUGUGUGUUACACUUAUUAAUUUCACUUAUCGGCUAGAUAUUAUGUUUGACUGUGUAGUCUGCCAUAAGUUUUUAAAUUCAUAACUCAUUGGAUAGUAAAUGUGACAGAACUCUGAUGAGAAAGCUUUGAUAACAAUUUUUCAUCAGCGUUUUGUAGAAGUAGUCGUUGCUCAAGUCAAAUGUAAGACGCUAUGACUGGUGCCCUUUGCUUGUUUUUUUUUUUACCUCUGUUGUUUAUCUAUAUUAAUUUACUACUCAAGUAUUAUGAUCUGGUGUAUGCCAUCCAAAUGCAUUUUACACUCAUUGCAAUUUCAACAUUCCAGUGUAAUUCUGAGUGUGUGUGUUCAUAUGUAUGCAAGAAUGUUACGCUUAUUGGGAGACAUUUUUUAUAUACCUUAGUCAAUACAAGUAUUUCUCAUUCAAUCUGCCAGAUAAAAUACUUUGUGAAAAUGUAGAUAUGUGUGUAGUAAAUGUUAUGUAAUAUCAGGCCAAAGGGCAUUAGUCAUAAGGAUCUUUGUGAUUGUCUCAUUAAGCAGAAAAUGCUCUACAAAAAUUAAUACUAUCUGUUAAUACUCAAGCUACGCAUCUGUGUGUCUUUGGCAAAUGAUGUCAAGUUUUGCACACCCUUUCCUUCUCCUGUAUUAAGUGUUGACCAAUAAGGCCACUGUGUGUAUUUGUGUAAUUGAUAUGUCCCCCGUCCCUGUGUAGUAGCGCCCAGCUGUAGCUGCGGAAUCAAUGUUUUAAUGUUCCAAAGGUGUGGAGCAAAGGGAUAUAUGCAUAUCCUGUGUCUCUGUAACCUUUUGUAUCUACCAAAGUUAUCAAUAUGUAUCCUCAAUUUUAUGCUUUUUAAAACUUUCAUUUUGAGAUUAAGCCAUACCUGGCCCAUAUAAAAUACUCCAAUAAUUUUUAUUUCCUGUGGAACACAACCGAUAUGCUGAUUGUAUCAUUAAGACUGGAUAUUUUUAGUUAUUUCAAAUUUUAAUGAAAUGUGAUUAACAUGAUGUGUGACAAAUUGUCAAGGGAGGUCACGUCAUUCAACAAUCCUAUUGAAAAUACAGCUAUAUAAUGUAUUACUUCUGUAAAUAUAUUUUGUUUUUAACUUUAGUUGUUAAAUGUCGUGGAUCUAUUGUAUGAGCUUUUAUUACCUGUUUGAAUGAGUGGAUCUCCCAAAUCAUCACAUGAACAUUGUUUUAUCCUGUCAGUGUUUGAGUAUGCUCAGUGUUUUGUCACUAUAAAGGAAAGCAAUUUUUCAUGUA